ACAUCAACGAGCUGAACCUGCCCAAGACGUGUGAGAUUGACUUCUCUGACCAGGACGACCUCCUGCACUUCCGACUGCUCAUCUGCCCUGACGAGGGCUUCUACAAGGGAGGCAAAUUCGUCUUCAGUUUUAAGGUGGGCCAGGGCUACCCCCACGACCCCCCCAAGGUCAAGUGUGAGACGAUGGUUUAUCACCCCAACAUCGACCUGGAGGGCAACGUCUGCCUCAACAUCCUCAG